AUGUUCUUCGAGUCAACUACGGGUAGAUUAGGAACUCGAUUGCUUUCCGUCGUUAAAGUGGAAGUGCUAAAGAAGUCGUCGGAUCAUCGGAGACGAGGGGAUGAUCAAAACAUGGAAUCGCUUGCGGGGAAGACCACAGAGGGAGAAGGCAAGAGAUACCAAGUUGUACCGACAACAAACCCCGAAUUCCCUUGUAAAAGAUAUUUCUUUGAUGAGUCAGAGUCCGAGUCAGGGUCUAUGUUAGAGUCAGAGUCUACUUCAGAGUCACAAUCUACUUCAGAAUCAGAGUCUACUGCUAUUACUUCAGAAUUAGAGUCAAUUACUACUACAGAAUCAGAGUCAACUACAGAACUAGAGUCCACUUCAGAAUCAAUGUCAGAAUCUAGUUCAGAGUCUAUGUCAGAAUCUACUUCGGAGUCUAUGUCAGAAUCUACUUCAGAGUCUAUGUCAGAAUCUACAUCAGAGUCUAUGUUAGAAUCUAUGUCAGAGUCAGAGUUGAUGUUAGAGUUAGUAUCAUCAUCACAAUCAGAGUCUGAUACCGAAUCAGAAUCUAUGUCAGAGCUAGCAUUUAUGCCACCCGAGACAGAAUCAGAGACAGAAUCAGAGCCAGAGACAGAAUCAGAGCCAGAGACAGAAUCAGAGCCAGAGACAGAAUCAGAGCCAGAACCAGAGUCUAUACCAGAGCUAGAGACAGAAUUAGAGCCAGAGCCGGAGACUAUGCCUGAACCAGAGUCUAUGUCAGAGUCAGAGACAAAGUCCAUGUCAGAGCUGGAGACAGAGUCUGACCAAGAACUAACGAAUCUGGAAUCCGAUAGUGAAUCGGCUGAAGAGACAGACACUGAUGCAUGUGUGGAAGAACAAAUGCUAUCGAGCGAUCAAAAAAACAAGAAAGCAUCACCAACACAGACAACAGAAACAGAUGUUCCCAAUCCGAUUCCACUCCUGGACAGACCGAAAGCCGCUAAACAGUUUCGUGACUACUACAUGACGCAGUUGACCCAGGGAUUUGGAGAAGAUCUUGACAAGGUUCGCAAGGAAGAAGGUUUCAAUCAGAACAAACUAGAAGUCUUGAUUUCAUCCCUCGAAUCAGGAAUAGAUAUCUAUUCGGAUCUAGAAAAAUCACUUACUCUUUCCUCUAUUUUAACCGACUAA